AUGAAUAGGGCGAUAGAUUAUUUGCCAUAUAUUGACUCAGUUUCUGAUCAGUACAUACAACAAGUUGAGCAAAAUAUUGCAGAAGAACUGGAGAAAACUACAGUAGACGGCCCACAUCCCAAUCUCAACCAACUAUUCCCCGUUGCUAAUGAAUGCAAAUGGCAGGCUGAGUACAACUUGUACCGUGAAACUGUUGCUAUGAACACUGAUAAGGACAAAAGAGCCGCUGAAGAUGAACUAUUAACAAAAAUUAAACGGCAAUGUGUUGGAAUAGAUAUGUCCCGUUACGACGCUACCUCCACCGAUUCAAAAGUACUAGCAAGUAUGGUAUCGUAUCUGCGGCAUGAGGAUAUAGUUGUUUCAAAACUUCUGCCGAAAACAGUGCAGAACCAGUGGCUCAUCAACAAGGACUAUAUAGAAAAUGCAAGGGCAACCAUUGAGGAUCUGAUCCACACACAACAACAGGAGACUGAUAAAUUGAACAGAUACAGACAACAGGUUCAGGAAUGGGAAGCCCUUACAUUCCGUUAUUUAAAAUCACAGUGGCAGGAUAAACUAAACAAGAACAUCGAAAAGAGCCUGCAGAACUAG